AUGUCCGAGCUGCCCGCAGACAGCAGUGUCCCGCAGACGGGCGCGGCGAAUGGCGACAGAGACGUCCUGCAGGCGGAGGUAGGCGACGAGAGGUGGGAGCCGGCCCCGGCGCAGCCUGAGGAGGCCAGUGAAGGCCUGAUGGCGGAGGCCAGGAGAGGCGCAGCGGCGGCGGCCCGGGAAGGUCCAGCAGCCGGGGGAAGCUCGGCAGCCAGGGAAGGCCCGGCAGCGGCAGCAGCCAGGGGAGGCGCUGCAGCUAGGGAAGGCCCGGCAGCGGCGGCGGCCAGGGGAGGCCCGGCGGCCAGAGAAAGCCCGGCGGCGGCAUCCAGGGAAGCCCGGAUGGCAGAGGUCGCCCGGUUGUUAGGGGAACCAUUGGAUGAAGAGGGGCCUGAGGGUAGGCCCAGAUCCAGGUCCGGCAACGCCGCAGGCUUGGCUGCGUUGCCCUAUCUCCGCCUCCGUCACCCACUUAGCGUUUUAGGAAUUAAUUACCAGCAGUUCCUCCGUCACUAUCUGGAAAAUUACCCGAUUGCCCCAGGCAGAAUACAGGAGCUUGAAGAACGCCGCAGGCGAUUUGUGGAAGCAUGCAGAGCAAGGGAAGCAGCGUUUGAUGCCGAAUAUCUGCGUAAUCCUCAGAGGAUAGAUUUUGAUGUCUUAACAUUUACUAUAGCUCUGACUGCAUCCGAAGUUAUCAAUCCUCUGACAGAAGAACUUGGUUGUGAUAAGUUUAUCAAUAGAGAAUAGUUAAGUGAUGAAACUACUUCAAGAGAACCUCUGCAUUCAAGACAGUCAUAACAAUCCUAUAACUUGAUUUUAAAAAGUCAAAGUAUAUUGAGAAUAAGGCAGUGUGCACAGUUGGAAAAAAAGAAAACAUGAUGAAAAAGCAUCACAUAAGAAAUAGAAAAAAUAUCAAAAGCAUUAUAAGACUCCUCUAACAUUCUUUGUGUUCGUGAUUGAUCCAGAUUCUUUUCCUUGCAUAUGGAAAAUGUCUCAACAUUACUUCGUUAAAACGUAAAGGAGGGCAGGCCGGUUAGCUCAGUUGGUUAGAGCGCUGUGUUGUCACAACCAAGGUCAAAGGUUUGGAUCCCAGUACUGGCCAGCCACCAAAAAAAAAGAAAAAAAAGUGAAGGAUGUAAAAAAAAAAAAGUAAAAUUGAGACUUGAUGAAGAAAAAUCGCCAAUAAAAGAGUCCAUGACGAUGAAGAAAAUUAUCAAAUAGCAAAGAUAAGAAUAAAGAGUUACUGCUGAGUUAUUAGGACUAGAGGGGUAUGGCGAGAACGUGAAAUUGUCAGAAUAUGUGCUCUGUUCGUGUGAGAUUCAACAGAACUUGUUAAUGUAAGAUUUUGUGUUUUCUGAGGCAUUUCAAAUGCCAAGCAUAGUAAAUAUUGUAUGUAUUACAUGAUAAAUCAUCUUUUCGAAAAUGUCAAA